CAUAAAAACAUCCGGUUUACCAGGGAUUCUUGAUGCUCUUGCCUUGUUAUUGCUUUUGUUCGCGAACUUGUAUACAGAUUUCUUUUGAUUGCGUAUAAUUUAAUCUAGCUGGGCAUAUAAACCGCUGUGCGACACCCAGGACGUUUCCAGCACAUCGUUAUACGCCUCAGGUUGUGCUGAAUACAGCGGUAAGCUGCCCCGGUCCCUUUCGCAGCGCGCCAUGGCGGCUCCAGAGUGGCGCCUGUCAUUGAAGCUGAUGGACCAGCCGUCUCUGCCCAAGUCGGUGCUGCAGUUCCCGGAGUCGGAGCCCGGAGAUGUCCCGCCCGGAGAGUAUCGAGUGGCCACCCUCAAGCAGCUGGUUGCCGCACAGUUUCCUGACUGCGUACCUGACCCAGAGCUUAUAGAGCUGGUGUACCUCGGCAGGAAGCUUAAGGAUGAGUUAACGUUGGAGUCCUACGGAGUCUUGCCUGGAUCCACCGUGCACAUCCUGAAGAAAUGCUGGCCGGAGCCUGAAGGCCACCCAGAGCCGGUGGACAGGACGACAGCGGCCAGGGAGUUCAGGGUCCUGCAGGCAGCCCUCCACACCAGUACGGCAUACAGGGACUCGGUGUUUAAGAUGCUGAACAAUAAGGAAUCUCUGGACCAGAUCAUAGUGGCCACACCUGGACUGAUCAAUGACCCUAUUGCACUUGGAGUUCUGCAAGACAAAGAUCUCUUCAUUCAGUUCACAGACCCAGCCAUGCUUGAUACGCUAAUCAGCUCCCAUCCAGCUUUGGUCAACGCCAUCCUCCUGGUUUUGCACUCGGUGGCAGGCAGUGUGCCGGCCCAGACUAGCGCCCCCUCGCGUAACGUCUCCUCUGCAUCAUACAGCGACAUGCCAGGGGGAUUUCUCUUUGAAGGCAUGUCUGACGAUGAGGAAGAUUUCCAGGAGGGUAACCGUGCAGGGCCUUCCAGUGACACGGGGGGCUCUUCGGGGACUCGACCUGCCAGCCUGGGCUACAGCGGGGCAGUGGGACCCCGGCCGAUCACACAGAGCGAGCUGGCCACUGCGCUCGCCCUGGCCAGCACACCUGAGAGCAGCGCUGUCACCCCGACGACGGGGAACCAGGCCACUUCCUCGGGGGUGUCCCCCGUGCCCGCCGGCACACCCAUCACCAAUGACAUCUUCAGCCAGGCCCUGCAGCAGGCUCUGCAGGUCUCCAGCCUGUCCACCCUGCAGAGCCAGUGGCAGUCCCAGCUGCAGCAGCUGCGAGACAUGGGCAUCCAGGACGAGGAGCUGAUUCUGCGGGCCCUACAGGCCACCGGCGGGGACAUCCAGGCCGCCCUUGAGCUCAUCUUCGCGGGGGGGGCGCCCUAAGCCAGCCAGUGGGUGGAGUCAUCACAUCAAAGGCGGAUAAAAACGUCUGCUACGGAAAUCUCGCGCCUCGUGCUCCGCACCCCUGCGUGAUUGGCGCAUGGUAAACAGACACAGCCUGACUCAGCGAGUGCCAUCCGGCAUCCAUGGAAAGUGGAGCGCUCUGCGUCUGUGUCAGGCCUCAUUCUGUAUUAGUUUUACCUCAACCUGUUUUCUUCAAACCUCCUCUUUUCGGGUGAAUGUGGUUGAAUAAAAAAAUAUGCUUAUA